CGCCUCGUCCCGCUCAGAGUAUUCCCGGCUGAUGGACCCCGAGGCGACGGGGGACGAGCUGUCCCGCCUGCGAGCCCUCUUCCUGGCCUGCGACGCCAGCGGCUCGGGUCGCAUAGAACGGGAAGACUUCGCGGCUCUGUGCGCCGAGCUGCGGGUGCGGCCGGCCGAGGCCGAGGCCAUCUUCCAGCGCCUCGACAGUGACCGCGACGGGGCCAUCACCUUUCCCGAGUUCGCCCGCGGCUUCCGCGGCGCCACCCGCUGGCGGCCCGGCGGCGAAGAGCUGGAGGGCGAGGAGGAGGCGGCGUGCCCCGCCGUGGGGCUGGAGCAGCCCUGGAGGGACUUCGAGGUGCGGCUCGGGGAGGAGGCGAGGUACAUCCCCAGACAAGAGCAGGUCAGUGUUCUGUAUCAGAACAUACACAUAGUGGAACCAAGAUUAAUACAGCCGUACGAACAUGUCAUUAAGAACUUCAUCCGAGAGAUCAAACUUCAAAGCACAGAGAUGGAAACUUUGGCCAUUGCAGUAAAAAGAGCUCAGGAUAAAGCGGCAGUUCAGCUCAGUGAGCUGGAGGAAGAGAUGGAACAACGGAUACAGGCUGCAGAGCAUAAAGUCAAAAAGGAAGAGAAGCGAAAAGCUGAAGAAGCACUAAAUGAGCUGAGGCGCCAGUAUGAUACUGAAGUUGGGGAUCUUCAGGUGACAAUAAAAAAACUUAAAAUGCUGGAGGAGCAGUCCAAGAAUGUAAAUCACAGGCAAGAUGUGGUUGAAUUGAAAAAAAGAAUACAUGAUAUGUUGCUGGAAAAUCAGAAACUUAAGAAAGAUCUCAUAGAAGCACAGACAAAUAUAGCUUUUCUACAGAGUGAAUUAGAUAGUUUGAAAACGGAGUAUGCUGAUCAGACUUUGAACACUGAGAGAGACCUAGAAAUUAUCCGAGAGUAUACUGAAGACAGAGAUAAUUUGGAAAGGCAAAUUGAAAUACUUCAAACAGCUAAUAGAAAGCUACAUGACAGCAAUGAUGGUUUAAGAAGUGCACUUGAAAACAGCUUCAGCAAGUACAACAGGUCAUUGCGAUUAGCAAACACCUCACUGGGGAGUACCAUUUCUAGAAGCAGUCCUAAAUUUAAUGGUGGACAGUCUCCUCUAAACUCACGGUACAACAGAUCAUCUCCUUCUUGUGUGGAUGAAGAUUAUGAUUCUUUAGCCCUUUGUGAUCCUAUGCAAAGGAUUAACUGUGAAGUUGACAGUUUACCUGAGAGCUGUUUUGACAGUGGUUUGUCUACCUUGAGAGAUUCAAAUGAGUAUGAUUCAGAAGUGGAAUACAGGCAUCAAAGGACUUUUCCAAGGUCACAGUGUAUGCAAGAAAGCUUUGGUGGUGAUGCUUCUGAUACAGAUGUUCCAGAGAUCAGGGAUGAAGAUGCAUACAGUCCUGAUAACAGCAGUGUGGUAUUAGACUGGAAGACCUCACGACCAGUAAGUCGGAGCAGUUCAGUUGUGUCAACAAGGAGAUACAUAUCUGCUCUCACCCCUCAGUCAGAUGCAACCGAAUGUGCUCUGAAAUACCCCAGUUCAGAGAAAGCUUACAAGAUUGUUCUUGCUGGAGAUGCAGCAGUGGGAAAAUCCAGUUUCCUUACAAGACUUUGCAAGAAUGAAUUUCGAGGCAACACAAGUGCAACCCUGGGUGUGGAUUUUCAAAUGAAAAGACUAAUUGUUGAUGGAGAACCUACAGUGCUACAACUGUGGGACACAGCUGGGCAGGAGAGAUUCCGAAGUAUUGCUAAGUCAUACUUCAGAAGAGCAGAUGGUGUCUUACUACUAUAUGAUGUAACUUGUGAAAAAAGCUUUCUUAAUGUGAGAGAAUGGGUGGAUAUGAUUGAGGAUGCAACUCAUGAGAAUAUUCCAAUUAUGAUGGUGGGUAACAAAGCGGAUCUCCGUCAAACUGUUACAGAACAAGGACAAAAAUGUGUUUCUGUAAAUUAUGGAGAAAAGCUGGCCAUGACUUAUAAUGCACUAUUCUGUGAAACAAGUGCUAAAGAUGGAUCUAAUGUUGUAGAAGCAGUUCUUCAUCUUGCUCGUGAAGUGCGAAAACGAAGUGGUAAUCAAGAUGAUACGAAGUCAGUAACCAGCCUGGCUGUGACACCUGUCAAAAAAUUAGCGCUCAAGAAAAACUGUUGCAAUGUUUAACUGAUAGAUGCUUUUCCUGACCUAAAUAACUUGUAUGCUAAAAAAACAAAAAAAAAGUUAAUGAAGGAUUUCAAUAAUGUAUUCUUUUUAUUGUGGACUAUCCAUUUGUGUAUUUAGAAAUUGUACGUCAUGUUAAAAAUCCAGACUCUUCUGUCCAUUCGUAUCUGUGCACUUGCUUUGUCCCAUAGGCUUUGGUUUCACUUUUUUUAAGUAGCGUAAGUCAAAUCAAUGCUAUGGUUGUCACUGCAUAUAAUAUUGUAAUGUAUUUUAUCAUCUUUACCUGCUUAUUUCUCUAAGGGCUCAAGAUUUCUUAUGCACAGAAUAUUGUAAUAUCAUAUAUCACAGGAAAAGAAAAAUAUUACACCUUCAAUUUUUUUAAUCUUUUUGUUCGUGCCUGCUUAUGUAGUUUUUUGGAUGUCUUAAGUUAUAUGCUGAUGAAACCUUUCCCAGGAAAACCGCAAAACAUCGAAAGUUUGUCUAGAUCCAGGUAAGCCCUAAGUUCAGGGCACGAAGCAGAAUGGUCUCUGUCAGGUUGAGACAGUGGCAAGCGCAUGGGGUUCUGGUGAAAUUUUGCAAAAUCUAGUGAGUUAGAAUUUAUUUAAUUUGGGAGGUGGGGUUUGAUUCAGAACUGAGAAGUAGACUUCACAUCUGAUCCUACACAGCUCAGAAGUGAAAGGAACAUUUGCAUGGUCUAUUACCAUUCAAAAUUCCAGAGAGACUAUUAUACUUGUGAUAUGUAGGAUUACCGAGAUGAAUUAAUUAUCCAACACCUGCCUGUUUGUUUAGAUUAGAUCAUUAUUAGUAUUACAGAGAGAUGCGGGUUGUAAUUUUUCCCUUGUUUGUCCUAUCUUCCAUUCAGACCCUAAUUGAGAAAUCAUAGUAGUACAGAGGAGUCUCUUUUAGUGGAUAUUCUUGAUGCAUUUUUUUAAGUGUUAAACUUGCAGGUGAAAGAAUUGCUGCACAUGCACAGAGAUCUGUUUAAAAUCUUCAUUAAGAGAAAUACCUGAAAUGAACAGCGACCACUUACCUUAAUUAGAACUCUUUUUUUCUGAUUUAAGGAAAACUCUGAGAAACUCACGAGUGGGUGGUAGCUUUAGGUCUCAGUAGCUCUAAAAGCCAAGUUAUUAUUGCUUAUAACAGUUCCCAACAAUCCUGUAGUGUAGUAAAAAUUGUAGGUCUCUCUGUAGUUAACAAUCAUGAUCCAGUUCGUCUCAUCUUUCACAAAUUUUUGUUGGACUGGGAAAGGGCUCCUUCAGAGCCAGUAAGUUGUUUCUGUUUUUAUUGUGUAUAUUAAUAAAACAUCUCCAAGCUGACACCUAGCUUGGGAAAUAAACUUUGGAUAAAGUUUUAUGGAGUGAUUGAAAACCCAUAUGACAAGCAGCUGUUACUGCAUUUUAUCAGCACUAUAGCUGAAUGGUGUAUAGCCUGUGCUGCAUUACCAGUUUUAUAAAAUGUGGAGUUCUCAGAAACAGGAUGGUUCAGAAUUAAAAAAAAACAAAACAAACCAACCGAACAGUUUUAAAGUAGGAGGAGCAGUGUAAUUAGGCAUCCUUUCAAACCUCUAAAUCAGAGCAGUUAAUCCUCAGGUAACAAGCUGAAAGAUUGUUCUUAACAAGACAGAGAAAUCUAAUGACAAAAGGAAUAAGGCAUUUUAUUUCACUGUAUUGUACUUCAACCCUAGAAGAGAAAACAUGUUUGUUUUCCUUUUUGUAUUACUAAGGUAAUUCCUUAUUACUAAGGAAAUCUUUACACACUACCUUCUUCCAUGCAGGAGACUUUAGGAUUGUAGCAUCCUCCCACCCAGCAGUACAAGAUGCCUCACUGUAAUCCUGAGAGUUACUUAGAGCAGGUGGCAGAGAUUGAAGGAGACACAGGUGUAUCAGGAAUAUGCCUGGUCAUGUAUCUGUUGUUUACUUUUGUUGAUUUGUUUUGUUGUUUACCUUGUAUUAUUUAAGCAACAAAAUUACAGCCGUAAUUAGCUUCUCUGAGGAGAAAAACACACUUCACUGAGUGCAUUGAUAAGGGCCUUUUCUGUGGGUUGUUUUUUUGUUGGUUUUUUUUUGUGUGU